AUGGAUGAGCUUCUGGACAUAAUAAUUACUUUCCCAGAAAAAUUUCCUAUAUGCGAAGAGCUAAAAAACAGUAGUAACAUUAGUGAAAGAUUAUUGUAUAAAGUUUGGAAUAAUAUUGUUUUAAGAAAAGAAAUUCAUAAACAUAUUUUAAAGUUUAUUGAAUAUAGGGCUGUAGAUUUUGAUAAAUCAGGCUAUAAUCAGUUUAAAGAUAAAUCAUAUAUAACAUCACUUAAGUGGUGUAAUGACCCACUACCAAAAACAAAUGAAUUUCCACCUUUUUUGACAAAUUUAUAUUUGUACCGUUUUAAUAAAAGGUUAAUUCCAGAAAAUCUACCAAAUACAAUUACUACACUCACACUCGCUACUAAUUAUAGAAAAUUAUUUUCACCCGGCACAUUACCAAAUAGUCUCACAACACUCACAUUCGGUUAUGAUUUUAACCAAGUAGUUACACCCGGAACAUUACCAAAUAGUCUCACAACACUCACAUUCGGUCAUACAUUUAACCAAGUAGUUUCACCCGGAACAUUACCAAAUAGUCUCACAACACUCACAUUCGGUUAUUAUUUUAACCAAGUAGUUUCACCCGGCACAUUACCAAAUAGUCUCACAACACUCACAUUCGGUAAAGGUUUUAACAAAGUAGUUUCACCCGACACAUUACCAAAUAGUCUCACAACACUCACAUUCGGUGAUUAUUUUAACCAAGUAGUUUCACCCGGAACAUUACCAAAUAGUCUCAGAACACUCACAUUCGGUGCUAAAUUUAACCAAGUAGUUACACCCGACACAUUACCAAAUAGUCUCACAACACUCACAUUCGGUUAUGAUUUUAACCAAGUAGUUACACCCGGAACAUUACCAAAUAAUCUCACAACACUCACAUUCGGUGCUAAAUUUAACCAAGUAGUUACACCCGACACAUUACCAAAUAGUCUCACAACACUCACAUUCGGUUAUGAUUUUAACCAAGUAGUUACACCCGGAACAUUACCAAAUAGUCUCACAACACUCACAUUCGGUCAUACAUUUAACCAAGUAGUUUCACCCGGAACAUUACCAAAUAGUCUCACAACACUCACAUUCGGUUAUUAUUUUAACCAAGUAGUUUCACCCGGCACAUUACCAAAUAGUCUCACAACACUCACAUUCGGUGAUUAUUUUAACCAAGUAGUUUCACCCGGAACAUUACCAAAUAGUCUUACAACACUCACAUUCGGUCAUUAUUUUAACCAAGUAGUUUCACCCGGAACAUUACCAAAUAAUCUCACAACACUCACAUUCGGUAAAGGUUUUAACAAAGUAGUUUCACCCGACACAUUACCAAAUAGUCUCACAACACUCACAUUCGGUGAUUAUUUUAACCAAGUAGUUUCACCCGGAACAUUACCAAAUAGUCUCACAACAAUCACAUUCGGUUAUUAUUUUAACCAAGUAGUUUCACCCGGAACAUUACCAAAUAGUCUCACAACACUCACAUUCGGUGUUAAAUUUAACCAAGUAGUUCUACCCGGAACAUUACCAAAUAGUCUCACAACACUCACAUUCGGUGUUAAAUUUAACCAAGUAGUUCUACCCGGAACAUUACCAAAUAGUCUCACAACACUCACAUUAGGUCGUGAUUUUAACCAAGUAGUUGUACCCGAUUCAUUACCAAAUAGUCUCACAACACUCACAUUCGGUGUUAAAUUUAACCAAGUAGUUACACCCGGAACAUUACCAAAUAGUCUCAGAACACUCACAUUCGGUGCUAAAUUUAACCAAGUAGUUACACCCGACACAUUACCAAAUAGUCUCACAACAAUCACAUUAGGUCGUGAUUUUAACCAAGUAGUUCUACCCGGUUCAAUACCAAAUAGUCUCACAACACUCACAUUCGGUGUUAAAUUUAACCAAGUAGUUACACCCGGAACAUUACCAAAUAGUCUCACAACAAUCACAAGAAAAACAUAA